GACGUCCUCAGUCAUUACCUUGAGAAUUUGGUGACUCCUGUUCGUAAUGGAAUAAGCGAUCCUUCACCUGUUGUUAGAUCAGCUGCUGCUGAUACUUUCUCAGUUCUUUAUCAGAUGGUUGGUCACGAAGCUUUGGAUGAGAUCAUCACGCCACUGCUGGAGAAGUUGACCCCAGAUAAAGAAGACGUUCUCGAUGGUUUGUGUGAGAUAAUGAGACAGAACAGCAGGCAGAUGUUACCGUAUUUGCUUCCUCGUCUCACACGACCCCCAAUCAAUGUGCAUGCUCUUUGUAGUUUGGCUUCAGUGGCAGGAAGUUCCCUCUCACGACAACUCCCUCGUGUUCUGGAUGCACUGUUAUCUGCGUGUCAAACGAACGACCAGUAUGAUCCGAUGAUCGACAGCUGUGAGAAGGUGGUGAUAGCGGUGACGGAUGAGGAAGGCGUGCCUGUGCUGGUAGACUAUCUUCUCAAGCAAGCUAAUAAAGGAAAUGUGCCUGCGAUUGUUCUUCUUCAUACCUAUGUCGCUAAGAGUGGUGUUUCUCUCAACUACCUCAUGAAUGACCUGCUUCCUGGUUUAUUACACUUGUAUAUGUCUCCAAAUGCUCAAAUUGUUGACCAUGCUAUUAAUGCCGCCAUCGGUGUAGCUCAAGCUUUGGAUCAGAAAGAAAUGCAGGAAGCUAUUCCUGUUGUGAAAAAAGCUUUGAACUUCAUUGUGGCUCAGUCUAAAGGCAAACCGAUUCCCGGCUUUGCCCAUCCCAAGGCAUUACAACCGCUUCUACCAAUGCUACGGGAAGCAAUCUUACAAGCUCUUGGCCAGAUGGUUUCUGUGUCUGAUGUAUCUGCCCUCAAAGCUCAUGUAGUCAACAUCACCGGUCCAUUAGUUCGAGUGCUCGGAGAUCGUUAUCCUCCAAAUGUCAAGUUAGCAGUGCUUGAAACGCUGAGCAAACUGCUUGACAAGGUCGACACAUUACUUCGUCCGUUCCUCCCCCAACUACAGUCUACAUUCCUCAAAGCCUUGCAGGAUCCAACUUCGCGACCUGUGCGACUGGUUGCCGGAGGAGCUCUCGCACGCCUGUUACGCAUUCAUCUGAAACCAGAGCCACUUGUUACUGAAAUCCUGAAAAUGCUGGCCCAUUCACAAGACCAAGCUCUUCUAGAAACCACGUUUGUUGCUGCUCGAGCGCUUGUUGGCAAAAUUGCAAAUCCGUUGUCUGAGGCAACCAUACAAGAAGGCUAUCGAGUGUGCGAACUCCAAUACACGGUGUCCCUGGAUACUCCAACUGAGCUCGAUACGUCACUAACUGUGUGCAGCGGAGCUCUGUAUGGAGAGUUGGCGAUAAGCGCGACGAAGGGAAUUCUGCCCUUCGUAGAAUAUAUUCUAGAUGUAGAAAGCUGCUCAAAGCCACGAGUGAGGCAUGCAAUGGCAAUAGCUCUGCAACAGAUACUGAUGCGUCUACCGUAUGGGUCUGAAGCAGAGAGCGCUUGUCGAUCAGCCCUCACGGCUGCAUUCACUGCGGAAACUCCUGUUGCAUGUGCCGCUUUACGCGCUGCGGCGCACAUUCUUAUCAGCCAAAGUCCAAACGUCGAUCGAGAUCUUCUCGCGGCAGUGGGCCGAUCACUCAGUCAUCAGUCUGUUGAAGUACGACGAGUCUCUGCAGUGAUACUUGGUCAUGUCCUCCAUUCUUCUCCUGAACAACUUGAAAGCGAACUCCUCAAGUUGAUUGUACCACAUUUGGCAAACGGAGCAAAAGAAAGCAACUCUGCGGUUCGGUCGGCAUCUGAGCUUGCGAUGGUGUACGCUUUCCGCUUCGCUGAAGGCCAAGAUGGCUUUAAUAAGUACUUGCAAUCAGUUGAAGGAGCAGCAAAGAUGGUGUUGAAUGAGCUGCAACCGGCACUACGCCGAGUCGUCAAAAAUGCUGAUAUGGCUCUAGAACCGAUAAAUACCAUUUUAUCUGUUAACUAA